AUGGCUUUCUUCUUCAGGAACAAGCAGUCAAAGUUCGAGAUUGUGAAGACUGCCAAAGACUUGCUCAUCAGGUUACGGCAGCCACCGCAAUUGGCAAAGACCGAAGAUGAGCUGUGCAAACUCCUCUCACAGAUGAAAGUAACGCUCCAGGGUACACAUGUCUACAUAGAAGUCGACACAACCCCAGAAGCUGUCUCCGCUCUGGUAAACGACAUGAUAAAGGAAGACUUCAUUCAUAUCCUCACCUGCAACAUCCACCUUCUUCGCUUUGAAGCCCGCAAAGACUCACAAACCAUCCUCUCCUAUGCCUUGCGUUUUCGGCCCCCAGGCUCUACGAACGAAGAGUCGCCUGCUCUAGCCCACGUACUAGAUGAUAGGCCAGAAACCGCCAUCCAUCUCUGCCGAGGCUACGAGAGAAAAGACAGUGCAAUGCCAUGUGGCGCCGUGCUGCGAGAAAUCCUGAAGAACGAGCAUAUAGCAGCGCUUGUGCUUUACGACGAGUCGCAAGGCGAGGACGAACCAGCCAUCAGGGUUGACGAUAUCCAAUUCGAGGCCCCACAGUCUGGGAAUGGUGUGUUCUGGCAAUUCUUUGAUUGGAUCAACAACGCGGCUUUCGAGGCUAGCACGGACGCCUUCAGCACGUUCAGGACGUUAUUGACCACGCAUAAACCGCUCGUGGCACACUAUCUUCAUGUCAAUUUCGUGAUGUUCUUCUCGAAGUAUAAUUCACUGCUGAUAGAGAGUAUGAGCUAUGUCACGAAAAGGCAGAGUAUAAAGCUCUUGGGCGAGAUUCUGCUGGACAGGACCAACUACGUUGUCAUGACUCAUUAUGUGGAGCUGCCAGAGCAUUUGAAGCUGACGAUGAAAUUGCUGAAAGAUGAGAGGAAAAUGGUGCAGUACGAAGGGUUUCAUGUAUUCAAAGUUUUCGUCGCCAACCCCAACAAAUCUGAAGCGGUCACGCGGAUCUUGACGCAAAAUCGAGACCGGCUCCUCAGAUUUCUCCCCAGCUUUCUAGAUGACCGGCAAGAUGACGACCAAUUUCUGGACGAGAAGAGUUUCCUGAUACGGCAGAUUGAGUUGCUCCCUGCUCCUGCGACAGUAGCAACUACUUAG